AUGUAUCUUUACAACUUGACCCUGCAAAGACCAAAUGGCAUCACACAUUGUAUACAUGGAAAUUUUUCUGGGCCAAAACAACAAGAAAUAUGUGUGUCAAGAGGUAAAGUACUUGAAAUUUUAAAGCCAGAUCCAUCUACUGGAAAAGUUUAUACAUUACUUACGGUGGAGGUGUUUGGUGUAAUUCGAUCACUUGUACCAAUUCGUCUAACUGGUAGUAAUAGAGAUUAUAUUGUCAUCGGCUCUGAUUCUGGUAGAAUAUUGAUACUGGAAUACAAUGCAUCCAAAAAUACACUUGAAAAAGUUCAUCAGGAGACCUUUGGAAAAUCUGGAUGCCGUCGAAUUGUUCCCGGUCAAUUUCUAGCUGUUGAUCCAAAAGGUCGUGCACUAAUGAUUGGUGCUGUGGAAAAACAAAAACUUGUUUAUAUACUGAAUCGUGAUUCACAAGCGCGUCUAACAAUUUCGUCUCCGUUAGAAGCACACAAAGCAAAUACAAUUACAUUUCAUACUGUUGGUGUUGAUGUUGGUUUCGAAAAUCCAAUAUUCGCUUGUCUUGAAGUUGAUUAUGAAGAGGUGGAUAAUGAUCCAACGGGUCAAGCUUUAAAAGAUGUGAAACAAACUUUAACAUUUUACGAAUUGGAUCUCGGUCUAAAUCAUGUUGUUCGGAAAUAUUCAGAGCAUUUAGACGAAUUUGCCAAUUUAUUAAUAACAGUACCUGGUGGAAAUGAAGGUCCGAGUGGUGUAUUAAUAUGUUCCGAAAAUUAUUUAACAUUUAAAAAUUUUGGUGAUCAACCAGAUAUUCGAUGUCCGAUUCCUAAAAGAAGAAGUGAUUUGGAUGAUCCAGAACGUUCAAUAAUAUUUGUCAGUAGUGCAACGCACAAAACAAAAAAUAUGUUCUUUUUUCUUGUACAAACCGAACAAGGUGAUCUAUUUAAAGUUACACUUAAUCACGAUCCGGAUAUGGGAAUGGUGACAGAAAUUCGUCUCAAAUAUUUUGAUACGGUGCCAGUUGCUUCGGCGAUGUGUGUGUUGAGAACUGGGUUUUUAUUUGUUGCAUCAGAAUUCGGCAAUCAUUAUCUGUAUCAAGUAUCAAAUCUAGGAGACGAUGAAGAGCCAGAAUUUAGUUCAUCUGAGCGACUUGAAGAAGGCGAUACUUUUUUUUUUGUGCCAAGAAAGUUGAAAAAUUUAAUAUUAGUUGAUGAAAUGGAUAGUUUAUCACCGAUAAUGGCAUGUCACAUAGCCGAUUUAGCUAAUGAAGAUACGCCACAAUUGUAUGUUGCAUGCGGACGUGGACCACGUUCAAGCCUCAGAAUAUUAAGACACGGAUUAGAAGUAACCGAAAUGGCGGUGUCAGAACUGCCUGGUAAUCCAAAUGCCGUUUGGACAGUAAAGCGACGCGCAGAUGAUGAUUUCGAUGCGUACAUUAUUGUUUCAUUUAUUAACGCAACUCUGGUUUUGUCUAUUGGUGAAACUGUUGAAGAAGUGACUGAUUCUGGUUUUCUUGGAACAACACCGACAUUAAGCUGUUCACAACUCGGUGAAGAUGCACUUGUGCAGAUUUAUCGUGAAGGAAUACGACAUAUAAGAGCUGAUAAACGUGUUAACGAAUGGCGUGCACCAGGGAAAAGAACAAUAACUCAGUGUGUUGUGAAUCAACGUCAAGUAGUUAUUGCAUUAACUGGCGGUGAACUGGUGUAUUUUGAAAUGGAUUCAACUGGCCAAUUAAAUGAAUAUACAGAACGUAAAGAAAUGACCGGUGAAGUAGUGUGUAUGGGAUUGGGCAGUGUGCCUGAAAAUGAACAAAGAUCACGAUUCUUAGCCGUUGGUUUAUCCGAUAGUACAGUUCGAAUUAUUUCACUUGAUCCACAAGAUUGUCUCACUCGAUUAAGUAUGCAAGCACUACCGGCACCGGCUGAAUCUUUAUGUAUUGUUGAAAUGAAGACGACUGAAGGUAUUGUGGUUGAUGCCAGUGGAGGACGGGAUCCACAAACGAGAUCAAUUGGAACAUCCUAUCUUAAUAUUGGACUUCAGAAUGGUGUAUUGCUUCGUAGUGUAUUAGAUUCUGUUACCGGUGAUAUGUCUGAUACACGAACGCGUUAUCUUGGCUCAAGACCCGUUAAACUAUUUAGAAUAUCAAUGCAAAAUAAUGAGGCAGUGCUUGCGAUGUCCAGUCGUACGUGGUUAAGCUAUACAUAUCAAGGACGAUUUCAUUUAACACCAUUAUCGUAUGAAUCGUUGGAGUAUGCAGCCGGUUUUGCCAGUGAACAAUGUCCAGAAGGUAUCGUAGCAAUCUCUGGCAAUACAUUAAGAAUCUUAACACUAGAAAAACUUGGUGUAAUAUUCAAUCAGGAAGUACGUCCACUGAAAUAUACGCCUCGUCGUUUUGUUCUACACCCCGAAACGAAUAUUAUAUAUUUAAUUGAAACAGAUCAUGUUUGUUAUACCGAACUAACAAAACAACAUAGGAGAGAACAAAUGGCAAAAGAAAUGGUUGAUGCAGCCGAUGAAGACGAUAAAGAGCUAGCAUCAGAAAUGGCAGCGGCUGUUUUAUCAGAAAAAUUGCCCGAAGAAAUAUUUGGUACACCAAAAGGUGCAAUCGGGAUGUGGGCUUCGCAAUUGCGAGUUAUGGACCCGAUUAGUGGUGAAACAAAAUUUGUCCAUGAGUUUGAACAAAACGAAUCGGCUCAGAGUUUAAUGAGAUUCGAAGCGAGACCUGCGGAUACUUUUUUACUAAUUGGUGUAGCAAAAGAUUUAGUACUCAAUCCACGUUCACAUCUCGGUGGUGUUAUAUAUUGUUUUCUUGUACUUGAAAAUGGUGAACGUUUACAUUUUAUACAUAGAACAGUUAUUGAUGAAGUGCCAGGAGCAAUUUGCCCAUUAGCUGGUCGAGCAUUAAUUAGUGUUGGAGCAAGUCUUCGUGUUUAUGAAAUAGGGAAAAAGAAAUUGUUGAAAAAAUGUGAAAAUAAAAAUGUACCAAAUCAUAUCAUUACUCUUCACACAAUGGGUCAUCGUGUGUUUGCCACUGAUGUACAAGAAAGUGUACAUUUUAUUCGUUAUAAAAAAAUGGAAAAUCAGUUGAUUGUAUUUGCUGAUGAUACAAGUCCUCGAUUUUCGGUAGCUAGUUGUUUAUUAGAUUAUAGCACAGUUUGUGUUACAGACAAAUUUGGAAAUAUAACUGUUUUACGUCUUCCAGCUGACGCCAACGAUGAGGUCGAUAUUGAUCCGACUGGCAGUAAAGGAUUGUGGGAUCGUGGCUUAUUGAAUGGUGCAUCCAACAAGUGUGAUGUUCUUUCUCAAUUUCAUAUUGGUGAAAUAGUAACAUCCGUACAACGAGCAACAUUAAUACCCGGUGGUUCUGAAUCACUUGUUUACACAACAAUCUCAGGAACAAUUGGUGCUUUAUUGCCAUUUUCCUCUCAUGAAGAUCAUGAUUUUUUUCAACAUCUUGAAAUGCACAUGCGUUCUGAAUAUCAAACUCUAUGUGGUCGUGAUCAAAGUGCAUUUCGUUCUUACUAUCUUCCGGUUAAACAUGUGAUAGACGGCGAUCUAUGUGAACAAUAUUCGAAUCUUGAUAUGGCAAAACAAAAACUAAUAGCUGACGGAUUGGAUCGCACUCCUAGCGAAGUAUCGAAAAAACUUGAAGAUCUAAGAACGAGAUACGCGUUUUAA